AUGCGCCAUGUGAAGUGCGAUGGAAAGCGACCGUCCUGUGCCCGCUGCGCUGAGUAUGGGAAACAGUGCAACUACGCCGAGUCGCGCCGAGGAGGCCUGAAUCGCGCAGCCUUGGCAGAGCGGCGCAAACGACUUGCUGCAACAAAAACCACCAUAAUUGAUGAGUUGAGCCCUGAAGGGCGCCUGACAAUCCAACAAAUGCCAGGAUCACCUCGUCAGUACCUUGCAUCCGCAUCUAGUAGCUACAGCCCACUCGAGGAUAUUAGCGUUGGCGAGGGCAGGCCUAGCGAGAACUUCCCAGCCGCGCCCCAGGUCCACAUUGGCGAUAUCAAGGAAGAUCCCUUGGUCGAUUCCUACUAUGAGCAUUUCCACAGACUACACCCGUUCGUCCCACCUCGAAGGCAUUUCGCUAGACUUUGCGAAGAUUUAAGGCGGCAGAACAAUUUCACGCCCCUCAUCGCUGUAAUGCGUUUAAUUGGACACAUCUUCAAUUCAUGCGAAUGGUCAAUCCCGCUCAAGGAUUAUGUUGAGACGUGUCUCUCUAAAACUACAGCGGAUGACCCAGUCAUGGUUCAGUGCCGACUUUUAUAUUCGAUGGCAUUAUUCUGGUACGACUACAAAGCUGAAGCAAAAGCGGAAAUAGACCACGCAACCCAUUCUGCUACUGAUAUGCAGAUGUUUUUGCGAGACUUUUCGACAAAACAUGGAGGGGAUGAUCCUGUCUUGCAAGAAUGUUGGAGAAGGACUUGGUGGAUGCUCUACAUUGUGAACGGAUACUAUACCGGAACCCUCGGAACCAUGAACUUUGCAGUUGCAAACAUUGACGCUACGGUGGAUCUGCCAUGUGAGGAGUCGGAAUAUGAAUCAGGACAUAUACCCGCGCCAAGAAACCUACAAGAAUUUGAUUGUCGCGAAUUCACGCAGGAGGAAACAUUUUCGUCCUUUGCGUACCUUGUCGGCGCUGCUGCAGACUCUUGCCUUGAUGGCUGGCGGCUGCUAUUGCCGAAGAAGCAAAAGCAAGUCAUGAAGAAAACAGGAGAAAUUGAUGAGCUUAUGUUUCAGGCAAAUAUGAUCAUUCACGUUGCGACGAUAGGAAUACACAGGCCACUUUCAGAUCUUAAAUUCAAUGUUUCAGAGGAUAUAUCAAGCUGCGCUCGAAAACCACCUUUGGAUACACUAAAACCCGAUCUCGUCAACAUACAUACAGUACGAGUUUUGCGAUCUGUGGAAGCACAAAUCCGCCUUUUGGCAUUACCAAUUCGAAAGUUCCACCACACCCCUUUCGCGACCUGCAUGGUGAGCCAAGGAGCCCUAGCACUCCUCUCUGCCUGCAACCUUUUGUUCGAGGAUAGAGACUUGGCUACCGCCAGAGAUCAGAUCCGCAUGACUAUUGGUUGUCUCAAAGCGUUGGGUGAUACUUGGCCACGGGCGGCGAGAAAUGUACGGGAGAUACAGGCCAUCGCGCGGCAUAUGUUAGGAAUACAGCCCAGCGUCGCAAGUGGAACUCCAAGCCCGAAUGCAGUUCCACCCCCCGAUGAAGGUCCAAGGGAGAGAAGUCAAGAUUCAGACUAUGAUUUCCGGAACGAUCUCGAUACUCUUCCUUUUAUGCAUUCUAUUGAGGAUCUUUGUGGUUGGGAUAUUCUUGAAGAUGUUGCCGGAACUCGGAAUUUUGAUCGCACACAGGGGUACAAUCAGUAG